CGGAUGGAUACACGUUGCGAUGCUGUCAGCCGAGUAAAGCGCAUCGCUUGCUCUUUUGUGUUCUUCCGCACGGACUACAUGCUACAGGGAUUCCAAGAUGGAAAUCCAGGGGCCGGCGGAUCAGCCACAGCAAGAUGGCGGCCCAGGGAUCCCCGCACAGGAGGAAACUAAGGAGUCACUGGAUGAGAGCCCUGAUGAGGAAGAGAAGCAGCCCGGACUCGUUAAUGAGGCGGAAGAUGGGCCGCCAGUGUACAUGGUGCUUAACCUCAGCGAGGAAGCGGCGGCCCCGGCAGUCACUGGGGAGCACGAUCUGGUGCGGCCUAGCCCUUCCUCCUCCUCAGAGCUGGGGUUGCCGGGGUACGUGACUGUACGGCUGGAGAAUGGAGUCCUGACCCUGGGGGGUCGGGGGUCGGAGAGCGUUGAGCCUGCGGAGCCCCCAGUCAGUAACCAGGUGUCUGAUAUCCAAGCGCAGCCGGCCUGGGCCUCGGAGCUGGAGGCUGCCAGCAGCAGUGGGGCCGCACAGCGCUUCCCUGAGGACCUGGAGGAUGUGGAUUUGGUUCUGAGGGACAGUAUGGAUGAGCAAGUAGCCGGCUUCCUGGUUGGGGAGAUUGGGGAGCUGCAGGUGAAUUUGGGGGAGGCCCUGGACCUUGCCAGGAAGGGGGUGCUGCUGGUAUUCCGCUGCCCAGAGCCAGGCUGUGCCAAGGCCUUUGACCGGAAGCAGCAGCUGAAGGUCCAUUUGCUGAGCCACACCGAGGGCCAGCGCCCCUUCAAAUGCACCGUGGCCAACUGCGGCUGGUCCUUCACCACCCUGUACAAACUGAAGCGCCACUUGCAGUCCCACGACAAGCAGCGCCCCUUCUCUUGCGACGUGCCCGGCUGCGGCAAGAGCUUCACCACCGUCUACAACCUCAAGGCCCACCUGAAGGCCCACGAACAGGAGAAUCUGUUUCGCUGCGACACGUGCGGCGAGUCCUUCCCCACCGCCACCAAGCUCAGUGGCCACCGCAGGAUGCACUUUGAGCCCGAGAGACCCUACAAGUGCGAAUUCCCUGGCUGCGACAAAACCUUCAUUACAGUCACCGCCCUUUUCUCGCACCAUAGAGCUCAUGUUCGGGAGCAAGAACAGUUCAUCUGCUCUUUCCCAGGAUGCAACAAGCAAUAUGAUAAAGCGUGUAGGCUGAAGAUCCACUUGCGCAGUCAUACAGGUGAACGGCCUUUUAUUUGUGACUUUGAUGGCUGCGGUUGGUCAUUCACAAGCAUGUCCAAGUUGUUAAGACACAAAAGGAAACAUGAAGAUGACCGGAGAUACCCUUGUCCUGUGGAAGGCUGUGGGAAAUCCUUCACAAGAGCAGAGCAUUUGAAAGGUCACAGCAUAACGCACUUGGGGACAAAGCCAUUUGAGUGUCCCAUUGAUGGCUGUGGAGCCAAGUUCUCUGCGCGUAGCAGUUUGUACAUCCACUCCAAAAAGCACCUCCAAGAUGUGGAAACAUCAAAAACUCGCUGCCUUGUGCCCAGCUGCAACAAGAUGUUUACAUCCAAGCAGAGCAUGAAAUCCCACAUGGUGAAACAGCACAACUUCAGCCCAGAUCUUCUCACCCAGCUGGAAGCAAGCAGCUCUCUCACCCCAAGCAGUGAACUCACAAGCUUAGGCCAGAAUGACCUCAGUAACUUGGACCUUUCAUCUCUUUUCACCAACGUGUCUUCUAAUGGCCCAGGGAUCUCCGCUGAUCUGACACUUGUCAACUCUGGAAUACUAACUAUUGAUGUUUCAUCGGUGGGUUCCACGCUGGGAGGGAACCUUUCUGUGAACAACAGUUCUCUGGUGCAUCCGGUGGACCCUUUGGUGUUGGUGUCUAACAGUGAAACGCAACAAAGCUUGGAAAGCUCUCUGCUGCUGGGAGCUGCUGCCUCGAUCCUUCAGCAGGGCACCUUACAGUUAGAUGAUGUGCAGACAGUGAAUGCAGAAGCUUUGGGUUCCCUGGCAUCUUUAUCCAUGAGAGGUUCAAGCCAGGAUAUUCAAGGUCUGACAUCCAGUAAUAGUCUGACCAUUGACUCCACUUUAACGCCCUCAGUGAGCCUUGGAGCUAGCAGUUCCGUGCCAGAAUUGCUGACCCCACCAAAAACGGACAGGAGUUUGAUUCCAAACCCUGAGGUUGUGGGAGAACAGGAAGGAAGUAAAGUUGUAACACAGUUUGCAUUCUCCAACCCCACUGGUAGUUAUAGUGCACAGAAAGAGAUGGAUUACAGUUUGACAGCUGGGAGCUCCAGUUUGCAGGAGAGUGGCGGUUCAGCGAGAACAGAUUACAGAGCCAUUCAACUAGCCAAGAGCAAAAAGAAGGGGGGUUCUGCCGGUGCAGGGACUUCACCUACACAGAGGAAGAGCAAAAGUGCAAAGCAGAGCCCAGUGGCAUCCUCCAGUGGCAGCAGAUUUGGAAGCAACGCAGUUAUGUCUAAUGGCGGACUGACGCUACGAGACCCUGCUACUGGGGCCCAGUAUGUGCAGAUUCAGCUUCUACAGGAUGAUCCUCCAGGAGAUGGAGACCUGCCUUUCCAGCUGAACGCUCAGUCUCCAGCAUCACAUGCCCAGCUCACUGUUGAUCUGCCAGUACAUAUACUGCAGGAGCCUCACACUUCAACAGAGGAGGACGUGGCUUCAGAUAAUUCUCAGUUUACAGGAAGUACAAUAAAUCUGCAAGACCUGGAAUAAGGGGUAUUAAACUUCAGUAUCGGGACAAUGAAGCUGCCAGUAUCUAGUGCUGCCUUUUUGCAGCAUAUUCCUCAAGCUGGACCAAUAAAUCUAUAAUGAUGGCAUUUUCUUAUUGCACUAUAUUCUAUGCUUUUACCCAGAUGGUUUUCAUAUAAACGGGAUGUUUAUUUUUGAGGAAGAAUUCUGGGGGCUGUUUUUUUUUUUGUGGUUGCUCAUCACCCAUCCGAAAAGACUGCGAAUGUGGAAUAGAAUGGAUUUCUAAGCAGAACUUACUGCCUGUUUUUUAAUGAACAAAAUAUUCUUGUUUCCUACUUGUGAUGUCCCCAAUCUCCCAAAAUGGAUCAUGGUUCAAGUCAAAGAUUUCCUGAUGCUCUGUAGGUAUUAAUAAGAGAUCUCGUUAGAGACUGCAUUAUCUACCUCCUAUAAAGACUCCCAGUGUUAAGUUUCCGGAUUGUGCACAAAGUACAAGCUGCGGGCACCACUGAUUCCAUUACAAAAAAGAAUGUAUUGUUUUUUUUGUAAAUAAUAAUUGCUAAUAUUUAUUGGAGUGCAUGUUGCUGGAGCCCAUGUGCUUUGUUUGGCCGGUUUGUGGGGUACCAAAACCAGAGGGGUCCCCAUGAUUGAACAGAUGUUGCACAGAGUACAUAGGACCUAAACUGUGGUUUCAUUUUUAUAUGUUUCUGAAUAUAGGGGUGCCCUCGCUGCUGCAGCAGUGCAGCCCCAACACAGCAGGGCCACAAUUAAUAUCUCUUGACUGUAAAAUUCUCUUCUCAGAAUGGGCCUAAACCAUCCUUCAUUGCUGGGGCACCUUUCUCUUAACUCCAGUUCUUGUGUUGUAUUUUUUUUGUACAAAAGUGUACAAUUGUAAAUGACUGUACAUAAAUAUAUAUAUAUACGUAUUUUCCCUCUUACAUCACAUGACCUUCUGAAUUUUUUCUGGCUCUAAGAAAACAUAUUCUGAGUAUUGUUAUAAAAGUGUUUAUCAAGCAA